CAGCUUUGGGCUGAAACCGCCCUUUGCUAAUCCGUUUUCCUGGGUUUUGGCUCCCUCUACAGUUGUGCUGGACUUCGCCAUGGCCACGGAUGUUAAAGAAGACAGCCCUGAGGCUCCAACGACAGAGAGCGUUGUGACCAGAGUAACCAACCUCCCUUUGAUCAGUUCCGCGUACGACAUUUGCGCCUCCAUGUACAACUACGUCAAAGAGAACCACCCACUCAUCAAAAGCACCUUCAACGUGGUGGAGGUGGUCGCAGCCGUGGUGGUCGGGAGCGUGGCCGGGGGUGUCCGACCGGUUCUCAGCUAUCUUGGGCCCCAGGUUAACACCGUGAAUAACUUUGCCUCCAAGAAACUGGAUAAACUGGAAGAAAUCCUUCCAUGCCUUCAUCAACAGAGUUAUGAGAUCAUUGAAGACGGCGUCACCUUGACCAAAUCGGUGGUUAGUUCCACAGUCAACACAGCCUUGGACGCCGCCACCGGCGCCCAAAAAAUCGUGACAAGCAGAGUGACUGAAGCAAUAGAUCUCACCAAAGAUAUUGUCCAGGACAGCCUCACCUUGACCAAGUCGGUGGUGGACACCACCGUCAACACCGCCGUGAACGCCGCCAACGAUGCCAAGGUGCUAGUGUCUCACAGGGUGGCUGACGUCGUCAACCUGGGCAAAGGGACGGCUCAAGACACCGUUGUCUUGACCAAAGCGGUGGUUAACUCCACGGUCAACACCGCCCUCCAAGCUGCCCACGGGACAAAGGAUCUCGUCCUGACCGGUCAAGUGCAGAAUUGCGGGGCUGUCCAGGAAGGUCGCGAGAUGACCAGUCUCAUCAGAGAGGCGUUGACAACUGGGAUGGGCGCCAUGUUGAAUAAGACAGAAGAGUUGGUGGAUCACUACCUUCCUAUGACAGAGGAAGAACUGGUUAAGCUGGCCGCGGAGGUCCAGGCCGGCAGCCCAGCUUCCGUCGACGAGCAGCAGCAAAACCAGAGUUAUUUUGUCCGCCUGGGUUCCCUCUCUAGUAAAAUCCGCCACCGGGCCUACCUGCAUUCUCUGGACAGGCUCCUGCUCAUAAAGGAAAACACUCAGAAUAUACUGUCCCAGCUCCAGUUAGUCAUCAACCUGGUUGAACACCUCAAGGAAGGUGUGGGGCAGAGAUUUCAGGAGGCUCAGCAGAAACUUAACCAACUCCUGUCUGAGUGGUUCCAGACAGAGCCGGGAAAGAGUCAGGACACAGGAGGAGACACACCGCCAGAGGUGGAAUCGCGCGCCCUCGCUAUGCUUCGCACCAUCACUGAAGACCUGGCUCCGGCCUACGUGCAGCUGGUAUCAAGGAUCGGGGGGUUGCCCAGCCACCUCCACAAAAGGAUGGACAAAGCCAUCUCCAACGUCCGCCAGCUCCACGCCUCCUUCUCUUCCGUUUCGUCCAUCCAGGACCUGCCUUCCGGCGUCCUGGCUCAGAGCAACGCCAAAAUCGCCCAGGUCCACGAAGCCCUGGACACGCUGGUGGACUACAUCGUGCAAAACACGCCCCUGAACUGGAUCGUGGGGCCUUUCCGGCCCUCGGCAACGGAGACGGAGGAUUGCCAGACAGGCCCGCGGGAGACGCCGACGGAGCCGGGGGACGCGGGCGGAGCGACGGUCACAGCGUCCGAGGUGGUGGAGGAGUGGGUCACGGCGCCCAAGCAGAUGAAGGCGGUGCGCAAGUCGGCGAAGAAGAAAGAGAAGACCAGGGAAGCGGAAGACGCCGCCAAGGCGUUCCCGGUGGAGGAGUUCCCGGAGUGCCACUCGCCGAGGAAAGCGAAGAAAUUGCUAGAGGUCGGGGAGGAGGCGAAGGCGAACAAGAGCGCGCUGAACCAGAUCUCUGAAGUUGCCGAGAAGGAGCUUUAG